AGGGCUGGGCUUCCUUCCACUCAGCUCUCAGUACUUGAGCUUCAUUAUUACAUCUAAGGUCACAGACCAGACUCGCAGGUUACUGCUGCUCCCCUCGUCGCUGUCCACCAUGAUCCUGUACCCGCUCUUCCUUCUCCUCAUCAUAGGUAUUGAGGAAUCACAGACAGCCAACAUGACAGAAGAAGAGUUUGGCAAAGUUGAGAGGAACCAAACAUUCAUCGUGCCUACCAAGUAUAACAGUACAAUGACACCAGGCAACGUGACAUACAGUUUGUACAGAGAUGAGAAGAGUCAGAUUGAAGACGAACUGCUGAACAAUCAAACAUCCACGGUUAUCACAGAGGAUGAUGAGACGUUUCAGGACCAGGAAAGUAGGUCUCCUCACGAACACUGCCAACAGGACCUGCUGGUGCUGUACAGUCACAGCUAUUGUGGAGCAGCUUUUCAAAAGGAAAUGCUGACAAUCAGCACAGAAAACUGGUGUCUCCUGGAAAGUAUUACCAAACCAUACAGUGAAGUGACAUAUUGUUUGGAGAAGCUGUCUGGUUUGGUCGGCUGCUACUAUCCAAACCCCGACACUCAAGACUUCUUCCUCUACAUCCACUCCUACUACUUCCAGAACUGCACCAGUGACGAGCUCCCGCUUGAGGACGCGCCUCACGGGCUGGUGAUGGCCCUCACGCUCAUCCCUGUCAGCCUCAUCCCCAUCCUGGUUUAUCUGGUGGUUUGGAAAAGUAAAGUCCAAGAGUGACUCGCACCUACAAUAUACCUCAACACUACAUAUAGAAUAUAUAGGAGAAUAUGCUUCAGUAUAUUUUUACAGGAUAAAACCCAUAAACAACAACUUAAAAUUAUAAACAAUUAUUGAGUGGUAUCAGUCGUCUUAUCUAAGUCUCCAUCACAAAGUCAGGGAGCAUAUUUCUGAAAAUGUUAAACUAUUCCUUUAAGAACAAUAUGGUAUAUACAUAUGAAUACAUCCAGGGGAGUCAGAAAGGCUCUGUACUGUAUAUGAAAUGAAUGUGAAUGUGAGGAAAUAGUUCUUUUAUUUGAAUUUUAAUGAACAGGGAGAAGGAAACUGGACAAGUUCAGAUAAACAUUAAAAAGGCACAAUUUCUGAUGUUUGGUGGAGUCUGAGGUCUUUAACCCGCAGACAUCAGCAGGCACUUUGCACACUACAUGGCCAAAAGUAUGUGGACACCCUGAUGUGAUUGUUCAGUAUGUCAUUUCAAAACCAUGGAGAUUGAUCUGCUGCUGUGAGGGCUUUCCACCACUGACGUUGACCAGUCGAUGCUCCAGUCCAGAUGGGGGUUGUGGUCAGGACUCUAUGCAGGCCAGUGAAGUUCUUCCACACUACACUGGGUAAACCAUGUAUUUAUAGACCUGAAUGUGUGUACAGGAAACAGGAAAGGGCCAAACUCAAACUGUUGCCAAAAUGCUGAAAGAACUCUGUUGUCUAAAGUCUGUUGAGGCACUCAGAUUUGGAAGGGGGAAAAUAUACUUUACAUACUGCUUGGUAAGGCUGGAUGAAUCACAUCUUUGACUCACUGAAAUAUAUGAUAUUGUGAAAUAUAUAUAUAUUAUAUUAGGUAAAAAUAUAAAAUAAAGUAUAAAAAAAUAAAUAAAAGUCUGGAAUAUGUUA